GACCGGCCGGGGCAGGGCAGGGCACGGCACGGCAGGGCUGUUCCGUUCCGGCCGGCGGCGGGGUGUCCGGUCACGCUGGGCAAUGACUCGCGGGGUGAGUCCGGGACAGUGUUGGCUUGGGGGCUGCCACCCUCCUGCGCGGUGUGGGUAGCAGGGAGGUGGUGGACUGGCCCGUCGCUCUGCUGCCCCGGUGGGGUACCCGCUGCAGCAGGUGGGUUUCGCAGUUCCUGCGCUGGGUCCGUAGUUCUCUCCUUGUCCCGUGUCUCCUGGACUUUCGCCAUCCUUUAGUGUACGCCGGGACGAUCCGCCCCGACGGGCGCGGCCGCAGAGGUCCCCCCUACAGCCCCGGCAAGCAGGGCAGGGGCACCCCGAGACCUCCCCGGGGCAUGGGGACUGGGGCGCUUAGGGGCGGGUGCCCGGGCUCGACUUCUCUGGGGCUGACAGGGAGUUCCCACCUUGCUUCUCCCCCAGACUCCCUCCCCCGGACCUGUCCUUGGAAACGCUGUUUGUUUUGGUCGGAGGGUGCCAAACUCCUGCCUUUGCUAAGUGUUAAAAACAUGGGGCCGGGGGAGGAGACAGGCAGCGAAACAGAUGGAGGAAGAGGAGGAGCCGCCGGCUUCCCUCGGUGUUGCUCACCCCGCGGGGGAGGGCAGCGGGCAGGACGGCCCCUGGUCCCAUUACCGACCUGCCUGGGCGGAGGUCACUCCCGCGGGCAGCGCUCGGGGCACUCGGCUGCAGCUCAUUCUCUCCAAUACAGUUUUUUAAGCCUUCACGAAGAGAAGUGUCUCUUCCAAGAGCUGUGGAACUAGAAAGCUAAAGGGGAGAAAUGUCGGCUGUAAGCUGUGAAAAAUGAGGCGGGAGGAAAUGCAAGUAACUCCUAAUAAAGGCUCUUUUCUGUUCUCGUGUCUUGAGUGCUGACAGAGGUGGAGACAGUGAAAGGGAAACUCGAGACUAAAUGAGAUUCAGUCGGUGCCAGCUUGAAGAUAGUAAGAAUGUGAACCCAGCAGAAUAAACCAAGUUAAGACUUUCAUAGUGGAGAAACUGGACAGAACACUCAUAAGUCUCUGUGUCCAUGCACACUUCCUUUGAACAAAGCAGGGCUGUGGAAAACCUUUGCUUGAAGAUGGUAUCUGAAAAAAAUACCCAACUGUGAAACUGUCUUCCUCCCUCCUCCCCCCAGAUGGGGUGGAAAAUGGCAGCGCUGACUCGCCUUCAUGGCUGGUUUAGUACUUCUCUCAGAAGGACCUUGCAAAGCUGAAUGUUUAUUAACAUUGUCAUACCUAGAGUUCUUAACACCUGAACUGAAGCUGUAGACACACUGUGAAUUGCUCACACUCCGCAAGUGAUUUGCAAGACUUUGGGCCACUACCCUGCGAACAACAUUAAUCAAAUCUUUUGAUGGACCACAUCCUACAACAUUAAUCUUUUGGAGGUCUUGUUUACUGUGUAAACAAGGUAAAGGGAAUCAGAAUGCCUCUCAAUGAUGACCAGAACAGUGACUCAGAUUCUUCACGGCUCUCAGAAAGCACAGCUUCUUCCAGUGACUCAGAAUAUUCCAGGCAGAGCUUUAACAGUGAUUCUUCAAGCAAACCCAGCUCCCCAGCGUCAGCUAGCCCUCCCAAGGUUUUCACAUUUGAUGAACUGAUGGCAGCUACAAGAAAUCUUUCAAACUGGACUCUAGCUCAUGAAAUUGCUGUAAAUGCAAAUUUCUGCGUAAAACAUGAAGACUACCCACAAAACAGCUUUGCAGGCACAGUGAAGCAAAUUGUACACAAGGCAUUUUGGGAUCAUUUGGAAUCAGAACUGAAUGAAGAUCCUCCAGAAUACAAACAUGCUAUCAAGCUCUUUGAGGAAAUUAGGGAGAUUCUUCUCUCUUUCCUGACUCCUGGAGCAAGCAGGAUUCACAAUCAAAUUUGUGAAGUUCUCGAUAUGGAUCUUAUAAGACAGCAGGCAGAACACAAUGCUGUUGAUAUUCCUGGGCUAGCUAACUAUGUCAUCAACACUAUGGGAAAGUUAUGUGCUCCAAUAAGAGACAAUGACAUAAAACAGUUAAAAGCAACUGACAAUAUUGUAGAGUUACUGAGACAAAUAUUCCAUGUUUUGGACCUGAUGAAAGUGGAUAUGGCAAAUUACACAAUUAAAAACCUUAGACCAUACCUCUGGCAUAACUUGGUGGACUAUGAAAGAACAAAAUUCCAGGAAAUUCUUGAAGAAACACCAAGUGCCCUGAAUCUCACAACAGAAUGGAUAAAGGAAUCAAUAGAAGAUGAAUUGUCAUCUAUUUCUGAUGAGUCUUCAUCAUCCCCUGGUGCUGAUAGUAGUUCAAAACCAAUUAUUAGUCCUACACUGGUGCUAAACAAUGGCUACUUGAAACUGUUACAGUGGGAUUAUUGCAAAACAAUUCCAGAGACUCUAAUAACAGAUGAAGUUCGUCUUCAGGAGUUGAGAGAAAAGCUCAAUCAAUUAAAAGUCAUAGCUUGUGUUUCUCUCAUAACAAACAAUAUGGUAGGCCCAGCAAUUGUAGAUGUGCCUGAUUUCACUGACCAGCUGAAAAGGAUCUCCCUUCCUCUUCUUGAAGGCAUGAAUAAGAAAAGUUUUGACUUGAAGGAGGCUCUGAAUACUGUUGGCAUCCAUAUUUGCAGCAUAGUGAACAAGUCUUUAAGUGAAAGAGGUCUUCCCACUCUUAGUGAAGAAAUGCAGAGUAAUUUAAUGGGUCAAAUUGCUCAUAUUGUUGAGAAGAAUAAUCCUGUCUGUUCCUUGAUUGACAAACGAAUCCAGCUCUUCAUGAGAAGCUUGCUUGCUCUUCCGAGUUUUCAGAAGUGUAUGCCUACUAUGCCAGGAGGCCUUUCUGUGAUUCAGACAGAGAUAGAGUUUCUGGGAUCUCAGUAUGCAAGCAUUGUAAACUUCAAUAAAAAAGUGUAUGGACCAUUCUAUGCAAACAUACUUAGAAAACUGCUUUUUCCUGAGGCAGCAAUGGAGAAAACAGAAGCGGAAACAUCUAGCAAUUAAAAAAUGUACCCUUUUUUUAAUCUUCCAAGACAGUGGGGAAGUCACAUCUCUAAGAACAGCCUACUCCAGUGACUGUUGAUGGGGAAAGGUCUUGUAAAAAAACCAGAUAGUUUCUGAAAUUCACUGUAAAGAAAUUAAUGUCAAUGUCAUAUAUAUAUUUUAAUAGGAAAAAUAUUUGUUUAAUGGAUUGUCACUUGUAAUAGCCAGUGAAUUAUUAAUUUCCAUAGCAAGCAUUUAUUAUGACUUGCAGUGGGAAAGAGCUGGCAAUGUACUUACUGUUUUGCCACCCUUAAAACAAUGUUAUUUUUCAACUAAAAUAUAUUUACAUAUAGCAAUGCACAUUAGGAAAUGACAAAACAACUGUAGAUAA